AUGGCUCAAAAGCACAGAGAAGCAGACUCAUACUAUAAUGACCCUAGCGGUCCACAGCCCAUGCAAUACCAAGAGCCCCAACAACCAUACCAGCAGGCUCCCCCAAUUAUUCAUCAAAUUACAACCCUGGACCACCACAACAGGCGCCCAAUUACUCGGACGGCAAGCAAACGUUUGAACAGACCUUCAAGCUUGAUAAGCCCAAGUACAAUGAUUUGUGGGCCGUUCAUCCUCACAGUCCUCGGCUUCGCAGCCAUAUCCGGCAUCUCCCUCCAAGGCUACUCUGCCAACAAACAAUCGAGCGGAAACGGCAUUUAUCACAACGAUAACAACUUCUCCUUAAACACCAACACCAUCGUCCUCUUCGUCUUCGUCCUAUGCGUCGCACUGGUCUUCUCAUGGUCCUACUUCCUGCUAGCCCGGAUGUUCACCAAGCAAUUCAUCUGGAUCACUGGUAUCUUGCAGAUCGUCUUCGGUAUCGGCACCGCGGUGUACUAUCUGAUCAAGCACUAUUACAGCGCAGGCAUCGUGUUCGCGCUGUUUGCCAUCUUCAGUAUCAUUUGUUUCGUCAGCUGGAUACCGCGCAUCCCAUUCUCUGUGGCCAUGCUGCAGCAGACCAUGGAUAUCGCUAGGAGCUUUGGGCAUGUCUUUCUCGUUUCGGCUAUUGGUGGGAUUGCUUCUGUCGCGUUUGGCGCGUGGUUUAGUGUCACUCUUGUGGCUAUCUACGUCAAGUACGAGCCAAGUGGAGGAGGUCAAAAUCCUGCAUGUUCAGCUGGUAGUGGAAGCAGUGGUGCUGGAGGCUGCUCCUCCGCGAAAGUCAUUGGGUUGAUCGUGUUCGUGACAUUUGCCGGAUACUGGAUCACUGAAUGGUUGAAGAAUACCAUGCACAGCAUCGUGGCGGGCGUUUAUGGAAGUUGGUUUUUCUGCGCCGGCAAACCUGGUGGUAUGCCGUCGGGCGCUACGAGAGGAGCGGCUAGGCGGUCAUUGACGUACUCCUUUGGGAGCAUCAGUCUGGGGAGUCUAGUUGUGGCACUGAUCAACAUGGUACGACAAGCUUGUAGUAUAGCGCAGCGGCAAGAGGCUUCAGAAGGUAAUAUGGUCGCCUCGAUCUUAUUCUGCCUGCUGGGUUGCAUCAUUGGCAUUAUUGACUGGGCCGUUCAAUUCAUCAACCGCUAUGCGUUCUCGCACAUCGCCCUGUACGGUAAAGCAUACAUCCCGGCCGCCAAAGAUACCUGGACAAUGAUGAAGAACCGCGGCGUCGACGCCCUCGUCAACGAUUGCCUGAUCAGCCCCGUCCUGACCAUGGGAGCCACCUUCGUCGGCUAUCUCUGCGCCCUGCUAGCAUUCCUUUACCUACAAUUUACCAAUCCGGAGUACAACAAAGGCGGCGAAUUCACCCCAGUAGUUAUGGCAUUUAGCUUCUUGAUCGGACUACAGGUGUGCCAGAUCUUCAUGACCCCAUUGGGAAGCGGAGUAGAUACGAUCUUUGUGGCUAUGGCAUGGGAUCCGGAUGUCUUGAUGCGGGAUCAUCCGGAUUUUUACAAUAGGGUCAUUGGAGUUUAUCCGAAGGUGCAGCAGUAUAUUCACGCAUAA